GGCCGGCGGAGCGGAGCCGAGCUGAACUCAAUCUGAACGAGUGGAGGUUUCGGGAAUCUCCGCGGGCCCUGACUUGACUGAUUGAACGCUUGUAACAUGGCGGCGGUGAUGAAGGGAGCGGAGUUGAACAUCUUUGGCUAAAGUAAAAGAGAGAGACAGAAACGAGAACAAUUCUUCUGCUGUUCUAAUUUCUGUCGAGUAAUGGACCCGUGGCUUUCUGCAACACGUGCGCAGGAAGAACGUGAGAAAAAUUUGCAACAGAGGGAGCAACCAAAGGAAUAAGUUUAUAGCAACGCCGGUUUGGGAAAGGAAUAAAAGUGCGAAAAUGUCGGAUUCUAAGGUGAAAGUUGCAGUGAGAGUCCGGCCAAUGAACCGACGAGAGCUGGAACUCAACACCAAGUGCAUAGUGGAGAUGGAAGAAAAUCAGACUGUCCUUCAUCCACCGCCUUGUCCUAACACGUCCAAGGCAGACAACAGGAAAGGGCCUAAGGUGUUUGCUUUUGACCAUUGUUUCUGGUCCAUGGAUGAAAGUAAUAAAACGAAGUAUGCAGGUCAAGAAGUAGUUUUCAAAUGCCUUGGUGAAGGGAUACUUGAGAAUGCAUUUCAAGGAUAUAAUGCUUGCAUUUUUGCCUAUGGGCAGACAGGUUCAGGAAAGUCUUUCUCAAUGAUGGGCAGUGUUGAUGUACCAGGCCUUAUACCUCGUCUUUGCGGUGCAUUGUUUGGAAGAGUCUCCAAAGAGGAAAGUGAAUCUCACACAUUUAAAGUAGAAGUGUCGUAUAUGGAGAUAUAUAAUGAAAAGGUGCGAGAUCUCCUUGAUCCAAAAGGGAGUCGGCACACUUUGAAAGUUAGAGAGCAUAAAGUAUUGGGCCCAUAUGUAGAUGGCUUGUCGCAGCUGGCUGUUACUUGUUUUGAAGAUAUUGAAUCCCUAAUGUCCGAAGGAAACAAAUCGCGAACAGUUGCUGCCACCAACAUGAAUGAAGAAAGUAGCCGUUCUCAUGCUGUGUUCAGCAUCACCUUAACUCAGACACUUUGUGAUCUCCAAAGUGGCACUUCUGGAGAGAAAGUAAGUAAGUUGAGCCUCGUAGAUCUGGCUGGAAGUGAGAGAGUUUCUAAGACGGGAGCUGCAGGCGAACGUUUGAAGGAGGGCAGUAACAUUAACAAGUCACUUACAACACUAGGUUUGGUUAUUUCUGCAUUAGCGGACCAAGUGGGAGGAAAGGGCAAAAAUAAGUUUGUGCCUUACAGAGAUUCUGUGCUCACCUGGCUUCUCAAGGAUAACUUGGGAGGAAAUAGUAAAACUGCUAUGAUAGCAACAAUUAGCCCAGCUGGGGACAACUAUGAAGAAACACUUUCCACACUGAGAUACGCUGAUCGGGCAAAACGCAUUGUAAACCAUGCUGUGGUGAACGAAGACCCAAAUGCUAAGAUCAUUCGAGAGUUACGCGAGGAAGUAGAAAAAUUGAAGGAGCAACUAAGUCAGGCUGAGGCAAUGAAAGCUCCUGAGCUAAAAGAGAAAUUAGAAGAAUCUGAAAAGCUCAUUAAAGAUUUGACUAUCACUUGGGAGGAGAAGCUGAGGAAAACUGAAGAAAUUGCACAGGAACGACAAAAACAACUCGAAAGUAUGGGCAUCUCUCUGGAGUCUUCUGGCAUUAAAGUUGGGGAUGACAAGUGCUUUUUAGUCAACCUGAAUGCUGACCCUGCACUCAAUGAACUGCUCGUCUACUAUUUGAAAGAUCACACCAGAGUCGGUGCAGAUGAAUCUCAGGACGUUCAGCUGUGUGGAAUUGGCAUCCAGCCUGAGCACUGUGUCAUUGACAUUACAGCAGAUGGGGAUGUUACUCUUAGCCCAAAUGAAAAUGCCAGAACUUGCUUGAAUGGUGCUGUAUUGCAUGCUCCAAACUCUCUCUGGCAUGGGGACAGAAUUCUCUGGGGAAAUAACCACUUCUUUAGAAUUAACCUACCAAUGAGGAAGAGGAGAGACAAAUUAAAAGAAUAUGAAAGUGAGGCAAAUCGAGAAUGUAGCGCAGACCAAGACGUGGAGACAGCAAGUGAAGCUUCAUCUGAACCAGACUAUAAUUAUGAAUUUGCACAGAUGGAAGUCAUGAUGAAAGCUCUCAGCACAAAUGAUCCUGUUCAGAAUGUUGUGCAGAUUCUCGAGAAGCAGUAUCUUGAGGAGAAGAAGAAUGCACUUGAAGAGCAGCGGCUAAUGUAUGAACGUGAGCUGGAUCUCCUUCGUCAACAGCUGUCACCAGACAGGCUACACCGGCAUGGCAUUGAGAGAUUGUCAUUCACUUCUCAAAUUGCGCAACAAAAAGUGAAACUUUGGUCUGAAGAGAGAGAUCAGCUGUUCCGCCACAGUCUGUCAAAGUUGAGAGAGCAAAUCGUGAAAGCUAAUGCUCUAGUGAGAGAAGCAAAUUUUCUGGCAGAAGAGAUGAAUAAGCAGACAGAUUAUCAAGUCACUUUGCAAAUUCCAGCAGCAAAUCUCAGUGCUAACAAGAAGAGGGGAGCAAUUGUGAGUGAGCCCGCUAUUCAAGUGAGACGCAAGGGAAAAGGUACCCAAGUCUGGGCCAUUGAGAAGCUGGAAAACAAAUUAAUUGAUAUGAGAGACCUCUAUCAGGAUUGGAAGGAAAAAGACAUGGUAGAAUAUUACAAUAAGAUUCUUAGUAAACAUGGAGAUCCUUUCUACGAGGCACAGGAGAACCAUAACUUGAUUGGUGUAGCCAAUGUCUUCUUGGAGUGCCUUUACCAUGAUGUGAAACUUCAGUAUGCUGUUCCCAUCAUCAGCCAGCAGGGGGAGGUUGCUGGCCGCCUCCAUGUGGAAGUGAUGCGGGUUAGUGGUGUGGUUCCAGAGCGUCCAGAUGGUGGAGACGAUUCUUCAGAGAACUCAAGUGGAAGCUAUGAAGUCAUGGAUAAUAAUGGUGAGAUUGUGCAAAUGGCAAAGAAACUGACCUGCAGGGUAAAAAUAAUAGAAGCAACAGGACUUCCCCUCAAUCUCUCAAACUUUGUAUUCUGUCAGUACAUCUUUUGGGAUCACUCUGACCAAACAGUUGCACCUCCAAUGGUCAAUCCAGAUAUGCCAUCUAUCAAAAACAAGGCCGUUCAGUACACUGUGACAUUUGACCAUAGUAAGGAUUUUAUAGUACAUGUUACGGAGGAGUUUCUGGAGUUUAUUUCUGAUGGUGCUCUCGCUAUUGAAGUCUGGGGCCAUCGGUGUGCAGGAAAUGGUAGAACUACCUGGGCAGUUGAUGCACUGCAAGCAAAAACGCGCACACUCCGUGACAGAUGGAGUGAAGUCACACGCAGGAUCGAGAUGUGGAUCUCGGUGCAAGAAUUAAACGAAAUGGGAGAGUACACAGCAGUGGAACUGACUCAAGCCAAGGAUGUCAAUACUGGGGGUGUCUUCCAGAUUCGACAGGGUCAGUCUCGUCGGAUUGAAGUUACAGUUAAACCUGUUCAGCACUCUGGGACAUUGCCACUUAUGGUGGAAGCAGUUUUGUCUGUCUCCAUAGGAUGCAUUACAGCCAGGUCCAUUAAACUACAGAGACCUUUGGAUAGUUACCAGAAAGAGGAGGAGGAGGAUAUGGAUAGUUAUCAGGAGGAAGAUUUGAAUGAAGUACGAGAAAGAUGGUCUGAUGCAUUGAUGAAGCGUCGGGAAUACUUAGAUGAGCAAAUUCAGAAAGUAAUCAACAAGCAAGAGAAAACAGAAGAUGAUAUGGAGAGGGAAGCCAGGCUAGUGGAGCAGUGGGUGGGCCUCACUGAGGAAAGAAAUGCUGUGCUUGUUCCUGCUCCAGGCAGUGGGAUUCCGGGAGCCCCUGCAGACUGGAUAUCACCACCAGGAAUGGAAACCCAUAUCCCUGUACUCUUCCUUGACUUAAAUGCUGAUGAUCUCCGCACAAAUGAACAGCUCACUGGUCCACAUGCACCUGGUGUGAACUCCAUCUUACCAAAGGAGCACGGCAGUCAGUUCUUCUAUUUGCCUAUCAUCAAGCACAGUGAGGAAGAGGUCUCAGCUAUUGCCUCUUGGGACUCAUCAGUCCACGAUUCCAUAUACUUGAACAAAGUUACCCCACAGAAUGAGCGUAUCUAUUUGAUUGUAAAGACUACAGUGCAGCUCAGCCAUCCAGCUGCUGUGGAGUUGGUGUUACGCAAGCGUAUAGCUGUUAAUAUUUACAAUAAGCAGAGUUUCACACAGAGUCUGAAACGAAGAAUGUCCUACAAACACAUUCUUCAUUCCUGUGGCGUUACCUAUGAAAUAGUAUCCAACAUACCCAAGGCUUCUGAAGAAGCAGAGGAUCGAGAAACUUUGGCACUUAUGGCAGCAAAGAGUGAAAAUGAUAGUUCAGGUGACGGAGAAACGUACAUUGAAAAGUACACAAGAGGAGUGCUAGAGGUGGAAAACAUCCUUAGUCUGGAACGACUCAGACAGGCAGUCACGUUAAAAGAAGCACUUUCAUCAAAAGGAAGGCACAUGAAGAGGAGCGUUAGCACACCAAACGUUCACCAUGUUUCCAGUAAUCGAUCAGAUCUUUCUGGAUAUGAAGAGGAUGAAUACAGGGGUCGUUCAGAAAGCCAUCAUGAUAUUUCUGACUGCUUGUUCAACACUCAAGAAUGUUCCUGGUAUAACACCCUACCUAAAGAUUUACCACGCAGGGUGAAAGACACUGGAGGUGCUGCACCAGACAGUCCUCAUUCAUUGAGUCCACUUAAAGCAUUCUCUACCCAACCACCUAAGUUCCUGAAGUCACUUAUGCCUGUAAGAGAGGAACGAAAGGGCAAGCAACCUCUGGAAACCAAACCUCUCCUUGCACAUGAGAGCAUGUCUCCCCCUCAGGAUAAAAGCAUGCUGGUACAUAGCAGUAGCAGUGUUGUGCCCACAGGAACCAGUGUCAUCCCCAUAUCAGUUGAAAAUGGUAACGAAAAUGAGGACACAUUUGAUUCGGAAGAGGAGGAUUAUGAAGUGGAGAAUCUCAAUAAGAAAAUGAGCAGCUCUCAAGGCUUUCAUGGUUUCCAGCCUUACAUUCCAGAAGAUUUUGCAGACUUUGAUGUGUACAAUGCAAGCCUUGAGAACAGAGAUUUGUUUUCAUCCAAGCCAGAAUGCCCGAGUUCUCGUUUCCUUGAAAAUGAGGUUUCUCGCAGUCCAACAACGAGCAGUAUGACAAGUGGUUACAUCUCCCACAGUGCCUCUAAUGCAACGCUUUCUGAUGUGGUAUUCACUGGUACUGAGAGCGCAGAUCAGCUAAGUAACCAGACACGAAACUCUGACCUUCGGGAUACUGUGUCACAAAUUAGCCUGUCUGAUGGAAAAUUAUCUUCUGGAAAGGAAGAUGGAAUUGAGGAACAAAAUGCCGAUUUAAAAGACAUACAGAAGAGUGUGUCACUCCCAACAAAUAGUGCCUUAGUGAAUGAAACCUCAGUAUUGCAACAGUUUAUUGAGUCUAAAUCUAUACUUGUUUAUAGAACACUCCCAGAUAUGUAUUCAUCAGAUUCAUUGCCCUGUACAUUAAAACCACAAGGUAGCAUAUCCGAAGAUGGUGGAGAUGAUGAUGAUUCUUUCAAUUCAACCGUGAAUGUAGACGUUUUCAGCAGUCAAGAUUUCACAGAUUUUCAAGGUGCUGAGGAAGCAAGAAAGGAUCUUGAGCUGCCUGAUGAACCCAUGAUUUACAGUACCGAUUCCUCUGAUAACUCUAAUAGACUUUCUGUAGAUAGUCUAGAUCUUGAUGAAAAAUGGCAACAUUCUGCAGUAAAAUGUACAAAUGAUAUUUCAGAGCUUCCUGAGGAUUCUUGUAGUGUGGCACGUGAUCAAUCACAGACUACUGUACUUGAUAAUAGAUUAACAAAUACCUCUGAGAACAUGCUAUAUUGUGAGGAAGCUGACCAUGAGGAAGCAUUUGAUAAUGCCCCCAACCCAGAUAACUCUGUUUCAAAGAACCUCUCAGAUUUAGAAGAUACUCAGGACAGCGCAACUGCAGAACAAGGUGAACCUCUACCAAGUUGGAUCAUGCUGGGAGAACGUGUAUCUGUUGGAAACAACAAGAAUGGAACCAUUCGAUAUGUUGGCACAGUGGAUUUCUCUGCUGGAAUUUGGGUUGGAGUUGAGCUUGAUAUUCCAGCUGGCAAACAUCAGGGCACUAUUGAAGGAAAAGAAUAUUUUCACUGCAGUCCUAGUUGUGGUAUAUUUGUACGUCCAAACCGGCUCAUCCAGGUCUCCAACACAGUAAAGCGGCAUAGCAGCACAUCACAAGCUCAGACAUCCACAAGUCAUGAAAAACGGAAAGUUGUCAGCCUUGGGACAUCACAGGUCACCUCAUCCACUAAACCUGAUGGAACAACGCUACGCCAAUCAGGAGAUACAGCACCCUCCAAGAAACAAAACAACAGGAAAUCUUGGGUUAACUGAACUGCAACAUUUGCACUUAUGACACAUCACUGUAUAGACCUCUUAAUGGAGUAUUUUAUAGAUUGUACAGUGUUUUUUUUGUUUAUAUUACUAGACCAUGUGACAUAAAGGAUAGAAUGAAAUCUUUAAUACUUUUCGUUUUUUGAAAGAAAGUAUAGUAUAUCUCAGUAACAAAAGAUAGAAAAUACACUAAAAAUGGCUUUGCUGAGUAAAAUCCCAGACUUCAGUUAAGAAAGCACCAGCUUCUGUAUUACAAAUUAACAUUUGAGAUGUGUUUUAAUCAGGAAAUAGAUACUUUAUUAAAAAGAAAACUGGGAUGCAAAUCAUGAAGAUCUCUAAACCUGUUUUUAAUUACCAAAGAUUUCAAUUAGAGGAGCCUCUUAAUUUUUAUUUUGCCCUUUGUAAAACUGUAUUCUAACAUGUUGGGCACCUUGCGAUGUUUUAUUAAGUCAUGCUGUAUUUUCUUUACUUUGUAUUAAGCUGCCUUAUUACUGUGUCUAAUAAGCACAUGAAGCAAAAACUGACUGUUCAAUCCAGUUUUUGUCUUCAAAAGCUUGCUAUUGUGCUGACUUGGCUUCACGUGGCUGCACAUUCAACUGCCAUGUUGGGCCCUUUGCCUGAAGCUUUGUAUGUUACAAGUUGGAACACUAAUACCCUGAUUUGCCUGUUAGGCAGUUUAGUGCUUAAACAGUAUUACUGCACGAAUGCAGGGAACAGACUGGAGAUUUGUUUUAAAGGUUUACGAAAGUAAGUAUGCAUGCACUUGCUGAAAAAAGCAAAGUAAUGGUACAUUUUGCAACAAUAUUGUGUAUAUAAUGAAAGAUCACAAUGGAGGAUUUGGUUUAAAUAAUUUAUACACAAGAUUAUAUAUAGUGACUAAAGGGUUUUCUGCAUCCCAUGCAGUAAAAGAAGGGUGUAAUCUGAUGGGCAAAAGACGGUUUCAGAAAGCCAUCCAGUGUAUAUAAAGAGUUGUGCAAAAUUGUAAGGGUACUUAAGAGUCAAUCUGUUUGAAAAGAAAUAAGAUGAAUGGCUGACUGUUAAUUUUAAUCUGAAAAAAACUUGGGGCUUGCUCAAGAGCUGCUGUUCUGAAUUAGUCUUGUGUAUGUAUAUUUACCUCUCAUAGAGUUUUUUUGUAUUACUAUGUACAGAGUUGUAAUAUAUAUUUUAUUUCAGCAAUACUGUAUUUAAUUGUUACAGGAUUUGUGUUUUAGAAUACAUACUGUAC